AUGGAGAAUGACGGGACCGGGAGGGGACAGACGACACCGGAGAGGGCACAUCAGCACAGGUUCAGCACGGCGGCGAGCAGAUUUGCGUUCAACACCGGCGAGGCCGCGGAGAGGCCGCCUGUCGCAGUCGAGGACAAGAUUUUCGUUGCUGUCCCCCAAGAACUCAAGCACGGCAAGAGCAACUUGGUGUGGGCGCUGCAGAACUUGGCCAGGGACGCCUCCAGGUCCCGGAUUGUCAUUGCUCACGUCCACGUUCCUGCCCAAAUGAUAACCAUGGGGCUAGGGGCAAGUGUUCAUUACAGCACAAUGAGACCACAAGAACUCCGUGCAUACAGACAGCAUGAGAGAAAAAAGAUGGAGAAAAAACUAAACGAAUAUGUUUUGAUGUGCAGGCGAUUGGAGGUUAAUUGCGACAUAGUAGCUAUUCAAAAUGAUGACAUAGCUAAUGGGGUCAUCGAGCUUAUUUCUUUACAUGGGAUCAAAAAGCUUGUCGUCGGAGCUGCAUCAGACAAAAAAUAUUCAAAGACAAUGAAAGCACCAACAUCCAAAACAGCACUGAAGAUAAUGGAGAGAGCAGAUUCACCAUGCAAGAUAUGGUUUACUUGCAAAGGAUCUCUAAUUGUUAUCAGGGGCAGCAAUGCAGACGCACCUGCAGCACCAGCAUCACAAAACACAGCACCACUACCAGUAUUCAACAUUUCUAGCCAAAUGAGAUCAAUGAUGAUCCACGAUUCAAAGAACAAAGCGUCAAGCUCAAAUGUAAGUAUGGCGAAUGAUAUGGGAGGAUCAAGAACAGAUGUACCUUGCUCUCUAUCUGAAAAAACUGGUGAUACACUGCUUCAAUCAUUUGAAGAUGUUGAGUCCACUUUCAAUGGCAAGCCAAGGAGACCAUGGAGUUUAGAGGACUUCUCUGUUGACUCAGGCAGAUCGCAGAACUCUGAUCCCAGUUCUUCACCAAAUGAUGGGACAUCCAGUAUCUCUAGAACAGCAGUGGUUGAUGAUGAUGACAUAAGUGAAGUUGGAUCAAAUAUGCAUCUUUCAACUGACAACUCAUACGACCAUAUUUCACCAACACCACAUGACCUGGAUAAACUUAAGGAAACUCUCACUGAAAUACAGCUUUUGAAAAAAGAAGUGCAAGAAGAAUGCAAUAAACGGCGAAAUGCUGAAAGAGAACUGCAAUCAGCUCUUCAAAAGACCAAAGAAUUGGAAAAAUCUUAUAUGAAUGAAUUAAGGCAGCAGAAGGCACUCAAGGAAAUGCAUGAAAGACAGAGGCAAGAAAUUGAUGUAAUGAGAAGACAGCAAGAAGAAGCAUAUGCUGCGCUAUACAAUGCAAAUGAACAGAAGGUCACACUAGAACAACAAAUAAGUGAGAUCGAGCUAUAUGUUAAAGAUAAUGAAGAUAAGCUAGCAAGAAACAAACACCAACUAGAAGCGCUCCAAGCAGAUUGUGACAGGAUACAACAGGAAAGAGAUGUUGCCAUAAGGGAAGCCGCUGAACUACAUGAAAAGAAUCGGCAGGGAGUUUUUGCACCAUCUGAAGCACUAAACACCAAGUUCUCUCUUAUUGAGCUGCAGCAAGCAACACAAGACUUCGAUCCAAUACUCAAGGUUGGUGAAGGUGGUUUUGGAAGUGUCUAUAAAGGUUUCCUCCGCAAUACAACAGUAGCUAUAAAGUUGCUACAUCCAGAAAGCAUGCAGGGGCAAUCAGAAUUCCAUCAAGAGGCUUCUGUUCUCAGCACAGUAAGGCAUCCAAACCUUGUCACGCUGAUUGGUACAUGCCCAGAAGCUUUUGGUCUAGUAUAUGAGUUCUUUCCAAAUGGAAGCCUUGAAGAUUGCUUAGCAUGCAAGAACAACACGCCACCACUCACAUGGCAGACCCGCACUCGAAUAAUUGGAGAGAUGUGUUCUGCUCUCAUUUUCCUUCAUUCAAACAAACCUCACCCUGUGGUUCACGGUGACCUAAAGCCAGACAACAUUCUUCUUGAUGCCAAUUAUUCCAGCAAAUUAGGAGAUUUUGGAAUUUCUCGACUGUUGAUACAGACAAACACCUGCAGCACAACUCUUUACCGAACAACAAACCCAAGAGGAACCUUCUCUUAUAUGGAUCCUGAAUUUCUGACCACUGGUGAACUCACACCACUAUCUGAUGUGUACUCCCUUGGCAUUAUCAUCAUGCGUCUAUUGACAGGGAAACAACCUCAAAGGAUUGCCGAAAUAGUGGAAGAUGCCAUUGAGAAAGAAAACCUGCAUUCCAUCAUUGAUACUACUGCUGGAAGUUGGCCUUUCAUACAAGCUAACCAACUUGCGCAUAUUGCCUUGAGAUGUGCUGAGUUAAGUAGGAGGCGAAGGCCAAAUCUAACAGUGGAUGUGUGGAAAGUGGUUGAGCCCCUAAUGAAGGCAGCUUCAAUGACAGCACGACCACUGUCAUGCACAGCUCCAUCAGAUGACACUUGCAUCCCAUCAUACUUCAUAUGUCCAAUCUUGCAGGAGACCAUGAACGAUCCUUACAUUGCCGCAGAUGGAUUCACUUAUGAGGGUGAAGCUAUUAGAGGCUGGCUUGACAGUGGGCAUAGCACAUCACCUAUGACGAACCUCAAGCUCGAGCACAGCCUUCUCGUGCCGAACAGGGCCCUUCGUUCAGCAAUACUCGAGUGGAACCAGCGGGAGAUGCAAUGA